AUGAUUGGGAAUCGUGCGCGAGUGGCAGUAUACCGUCAUCUCAUAGGGAAGCAGCUGCCUUCCUAUGUUGGCCUACACAGGAAACUUUGCUGGUUGCAUAGUACUAUAGCGGUUCGAUGGAGGACCGGCUCCACUCCAGCUCCUAUACUAACAGCCACUCCAGCCCGUGCCCUGGUGGACGAGCAAAUCAGCAUCAAAGCAGGUUUUCUGCCACAGCACUGUCCAGUUACAUUGUGCGCACAAAUGCGCAGUGAGGAUGGUGACCUGUGGGAGGCGUUUGGCCACUAUAACACAAGUGCAGAUGGCACUGUCAACCUGGCUCAGGAUCAUUCCGUGGGUGGUUCAUAUUUGGGAUGUGAGCCAAUGGGUCUCUUCUGGGGCCUGCAACCUGCUCCUGGGGAAAGGGUUGGCUUAAGGUUGCGGAUGAAGAAUGUUGAGAUUCCACUCACAGUGGACAUUUCCUUGAUGGAGGGCCACGUGUCUCCCAGAGAGAGAGAAAGCGCUGAGCUGGCUGUUGUAACCACCGAGCGCUGGUUCGUGACACCAGGUGUUCAAAGAAUAGAUAUUCGCCAAAAUGGAGUUGUGGGAACGUUAUUCCUACCACCGGGCCCAGGCAGGUUUCCAGCCAUGGUGGACUUGUGGGGUAUGGGUGGAGGACUAGUGGAGUACCGCUCAGCCAUGAUUGCAUCCAGGGGCUUUGCGAGCUUCUCCAUCGCCUACAUGGAACACAAGGAUCUCACGGUCCAACUAGAUAUUAGCGGUGCGGAUGCAUAUAUGAAGAAAGCAUUUAAGAUCCUUCGGGAUCAUCCUCAGGUCUGUGGUGACCGAAUUGGUAUCAUUGGUCUCUCCUACGGAGUCUACAUGGCCCUCCGAAUGGCCACUCUCCUUGAUUUGAAUCCAUCCUGUUUGGUUUGUAUAAAUGGCCCAGCAGGAAGCAACAUGGAGCUCACACAAACCCUUUGCAAGCCUAAAACAUCUGAAAGUGACCAAAGAUUUUGGCCACGGGAUAAGGCGGGCUAUCUCAGUUUUAGAGAAAUGUCUUCGCCCAGCAACUACUCCCCUGGCACCCAAGUGAAGAUAGAGAACCUGACCUGUCCAUUGAUGUACAUUUUGGGUGAAGAUGACCUGAAUUUUCCAAGUACCAAGAAUUCGCACCUGAUCGAAGAUGUCCUUAAAGCAGCUAGGAAAUCCCACCUGUAUACAUGUUUGUCAUAUCCAGGCGCUGGCCACCUGAUUGAAACACCUUACACACCACACACAAGACUGUCUAUGUGGAAACUCAAACCAAGAAAAAUUCUUGCUCUAUGGGGGGGUCACGUCGCACCCCAUGCUGCUGCACAGGAAGAUUCUUGGAAGAAAAUCCUGAAGUUCUUGGACAAACAUCUGAGGGCGUGA